UAUCUCCCCUCUCUCUCUCUCCCUGGCUGAACACCUGAUACACCUGACAGCAGCUGCACCUGAGCUGCAGACCGCAGCAGGUGAGGCACCCUGCGCAGACUCUCCAGGAUGGAGACGGCGUUGAAACCGACUGCUCUUCUGCUCGCACUUUGGUGCUGCUGCAGUGCUCAACAAAUUAACUUUGUGUCUCCACGUCGAGGAAGCUACAAUGGAGCAACACGACUCACCAUCUCAGGACUCGGUUUUGCUCAGGAGAAGCAGUUCCAGCUAAAUCCAGCGGACGACACCUUUGGCAACCGUGUGACCCUGGUGUCAGACACCCGGUCGGUGCCCUGUGAUGUGGAGAGAGACUCCACGCACGGCAACCAGAUCUUGUGUUACACCAGACCCAUGCCGUAUGGUCAGUACGUGGCCCAUGUGAAUGUGAAUGGCGUUCCCAUCCCUGACAGCAAAAUAUGCCGCGGCGCUUACAAACCCCACCAUUGCAGCAUAUUUGCCGUCAGGUACCGCACCCCUUCCAUCACAGAUGUGAUUCAAGACAGUGGUCUCCCAGGCUUCCUGGUGACGAUGCGAGGACAGAUCUUCUCAGAUGUGUACGGAAGUAACACGGCAAAGAGCUCGAAUGGACUUAAUGUCCGAUUUGUGAGAGCCUACGUGGGUGCGAUGCCGUGUGAGAUGCUUAAACCAGAGUCGGAUGAACUAUAUAACCUGCGACUGGAUUCAGAAGGUUCUACCUGGGGAUACAUGAGCUGCAAAAUGACGGGAACGUAUGUUGGGCAUCACAACUUGAGUUACAUUCUGGAUGCUGACUUUGGAAGGAGUCUGCCAGCGAAGAGUUUGUACAAGGUUUCAUCCGUGGGCAAGCUGUCCAUGUUGCAGACGUUUGCAGAGGUGACGGGAGUCUCUCCGUCCAUGGGGAGUGUCCUGGGCGGGACCCUGCUGACCGUCCACGGCCGCUUCUUCGACCAAACCGAUCACCCAGCGCGAGUUCUCGUCGGAGGCCUGCCGUGUGAAAUCCAGAGUGUGUCUGAUGACAGCAUCACCUGCAGGACCGCCAGGCGCCCAAUGCACGACACAAUGAGCCUCUACCCGGGUCCAGGUGGCCGAGGCCUGAAGAUGGAAGUGUGGAACGACACGAGGCCCCGUUACUUGACGGACAUCUGGAACUACAACGAGAACACGACGGGAUACUGGUCGCAGUGGUUCGACUCCAUGCGCCACACGUUCCCUUCCGAUAUGCACACUUUCUCCACGCGAUCCAGGGGCUUCCUCGUGCCCCCGGCCGGCGGCAGCUUCAGGCUGUACCUCCACUGUGAUGACCGAUGUGAACUCUACCUCAGCAACUCCAGCCGCCCAGAAGACAAAGUUAAAGUAGCGCACCAGCAUAGAUAUGUCUCCGACCACACCAAACUGGACUCACAGAAGUCUGAAGAGCUGGUUCUAGAGAAAGGAAAACCCUACUACAUGGAAAUCCUGCAUCAACAAUAUGGCGGCCCGUCAAGCAUCAACCUCGGGCUGUUCCAAAAAGAGAGCACCUUCACAGAAGACCAGACAAACGAUGCCGUGAACGAGGUCCAGAAUAUCAACGGUGUCUAUGACGUGUCGGAUGAGAAACAGGUGGUCACCUUCGACCUGUGGCCCACCACUGCUUCUGGAGGCAAAGAGAUCCAAACUGUGAGCGUUAGCAGCAGCUGUGCGAGCCAUCUCUGUGGGAGCACCUUCUUCUACCUGGGCUAUGGAGACGCCAAGACGGGACCAAUCCCAGUCGGCGCCACGGCAGAUGUUGUGGAAAAAGCCUUGAACGGCCUCUGGUCCAUCAAACCCGACACAGUCGAGGUCGCCAAGCGCGACGACGGCCAAGGAUCUCACUACACGGUCACGUUCAAUUCUGACAGAGGUGAUUUCAAACCUCUUCACUAUGAGGUGUUUGGCUCUGACACCAACAUCACUGUUGUGGAGGAUACCAAGGGCAGGAGCAACAUGGCAACGUUCACUCUGCUCUGGGGGGGAGUCCCCACCAAGCCCAUCGCCUUCAACGCAACUGAGGUUCAGGUGCAGUCGGCUCUGGAGGACAUGAUGAAAGCCGAGUGUCCCGCGGAGAUCCUGGCCACUGAAGGCACCAGUGUGAAAUACUUCAAAGAUUUUGAAGGUGACAACUCUCAGUUUGACAGUGCUCGUGUGAAGAACGCUGGUUUCUGUGGCCUGUGGUCACUGAAGAACGCCGAGGUUCUUUUCAAGGACACCUUCACCAAAGAGUCCGGUGGCAGUUAUGGUCCGGUUUCACUGGACCAACACUCCACGCUUUGCUUUGCCUACAAAGGAAUGUUGAAGGAUGACGUCAGAAUGAAAUUUUCUUACCGCAACAGCGAAGGCCGAACCGAGACAGAGUUUGCAACGAUCAACACAGUCUUUGCUAAAGGCCACAAGUGGAGUUAUAAAUGCAUGGACCUGCUGAGUUCUGUGCAGACACAGUUCCUUGGAAGCAAAUAUAGUCUGCUGGAGUUGUACCUGCACAAAGACGCCUCUGGUGGAGAUUUCUACGUGGACGCUGUUCACAUUGGGAAGAGUCCGACCACAAGGGAUGAAAAUGAUGUUCCCCUCAGGAGGAGGCCGCCGCCCUUCGAGGGCUCCGGCCGUUCCUUCGAGGUGAUCUCUGUGACCAGAGGCGACUCCUCUGCGUCGCAGAUCAGCUACGAGAUUGAAGCCACACCGGUAGAAUGUGCCUUCGGGUUCCCGAUGCUGGAAGUUGGCUUCCUGCAGCUGUCCAACAGCAGCGAGGACGUGGCCGAGUUCAGGGAGGGAGCCGCCACCGUCACCGUCACUCGCCCUCACAGAGCCACCCCGCCUCUGAACGGCACCUUCGACGUGGAGAUCUUCGGAGGAAGAGCUGAAGGGCUGUCGGUGGACAUCGGCGAGGGAGACCUGAAGUAUGCUCUGGAGGGAAUCUCGGGGAUGGGACAGGUCAGCGUCACAAAGCAGGGAAGCUGCCGACGGCCCAAGUGGAGAGUUGAGUUCCUCACAAAGCCUGGAGACCAGACUCUGAUGCAGGUCAACAGCUCAUCGGUUGUGGGCAGAAAUGCGUACGUUGUCGCCGAUGAGAAGAAAAAGGGGGGACUGUUGAUACGGAGCCUGAGAGGAGAUUUCUUCAGAGUCUGUGAAACCAAACCACAGGUGGUGGUUUUCAUCAAUGAGAUUCCCUCACAUUGUUCUGGUGACUGUGGAUUCGAAUGGUCCGAGGAGACCACUCCGGUCGUGACUGGAAUCAGCCCAUCGCAAGGGUCGAACGGCCUGGGCACUCUGUUGACUGUGACCGGAACUGGCUUCAGCGGUGACAACGCCUCCAUCAUGGUGGGACCGGCCAGGUGCCACGUUGAGCAGACCACGGCAACCUCUCAGGUGUGCAGGCUGGGCAGUGCCGGCGCUGGUGCCUACCCUGUGUCGGUCAGCUUCCCCUCUCUGGGCAAUUCACGCUACGCCGACGGCAACAUCACCCUCUUCACCUACCGGCUCAUUGUGUCGUCUUUCUCCCCGCUGGCCGGAAGUGUGGCAGGAGGCACACUGCUGACAGUGGACGGCUUCGGCUUCGGCCAGAACAGCACAGUCACCGUUGGCGGUGGCGAGUGCACAGUGGUUCACGCCAGCGACACUGUGCUGAAAUGCAGAACGCCGGCGGGAGCUGCAGGAUCACAGGCAGUGGCGGUGACGGUGGGAAACGUGAGCGAGACCGUCAGCAGCUCCUUCACCUACGCUGCGAACCUCACGGCCCAGAUCUCAGGCCUGAGUCCUCCCACCACCACGGUGUUCGGACACCGCGUUCUCACCAUCCAGGGUUCGAACCUGGGAGGCCGAGGUAAUGGCAGCGCCGUGUACGUGGGCGGAAAGGAGUGCGUCACCGCGCGCUGGACGCCAACAAACAUCACCUGUCGUCUCCCCGCGCUGCCGCCGGGUCGGCACAAGGUGAACGUACAGGUCGGAAACAAUGGCUACUCCCAGAUAAGCGACGGCGUGAAUGCCACCGUGGACUACGUCCUGGAAGUCCACAGCGUCUCCCCGCUGUUUGGCUCCUUGAUGGGCGGAACCAGGCUGACGGUGUCCGGCUCCGGCUUCAGCAGCGACACCUCCGACAACCAAGUGUCUGUCGGAGGAUCUGCGUGCGAAGUGGACGCCGCCUCGGUGAACGAGCUGCAGUGUGUCAUGCAGUCCGAGGAGAAAACCCACGUCGUCACCAAUCAGGGAUCCCACCAAAAGUAUGGGCGGGGAUAUGCAUGGAGUCCUGCCUCAGUGACCGUGUCCGUUGGAGACACGGUGGCGUGGCGUUGGGAGGCGCCGGCCUUCCAGAAAGUGGGCUACCGGGUCUUCAGUGUCUCCAGCCCAAGUGGCACCAAUUACGAAGGGGGACCGUUCACCAGCGGAGAGACCCAAACCAGCAAAGGGCAUUUUGGCCACCGCUUCACCGUGCCCGGGGCUUAUUACUACAGCAGCGGCUACAUCGACGACGCCAGCGCCAAGCUGCUGCAGGGCGUCGUGAAGGUCGAGGCCCGGCAGCAGAAGAGCGGCCAGGUCUCCGUCAGCGUGGCGGGAAUGGAAGCCGCACGCGUGACAGGAGGCUCCCGCCGAGCUGCCAGGGAAGCGCCGCAGUGCGUCGCCACCCCGCGGUGCCAGGACACCAACAAGACUGGUCUGUCUUUUAGCUCCUCCGCCUGCUCCACCCCGACGGUCAACUCCAUCUCCCCCAACCAGGGCACGUACCACCAGGUCAUCCACAUCCAGGGCAAAGGCUUCAGCGACACCGCCUGUGCUAAUGAGGUGACGGUGGGAGAUCAGCCGUGUCAGGUGACCAACAGCUCCGACUCGGAGAUCUUCUGCCGGCUCGGCCCCGGCAGCGGCCUUUCCGUCGGCGUCGCCCACCCCGUGGCCGUCAGAGUCAACAACCUGGGCAGCGCCGUCGUGGCCGUGCCGAGCGAGCUCGGCCGGCGCUUCGUUGUGCUGCCCGUGGUCGACUCCGUCUCGCCAGCUGUCGGCAGCACCACGGGCCUCACGAGACUCCACGUCCGCGGCUCCGGCUUCUCUGCGGGACAAGUGACUGCGGCGGGCGAGCCCUGCGCCCUCGUGUCAGUCAAUUACACCGGCGUGGUCUGCGACACAUCUCCCUCUCUGUCGCACGCCGGCGACGUCGUCUUCCAGGCGGGCAGGAUCCAAAGCACCUGUCACUCAAACUGCUCCUUCGAGUACUCCUCCGCCGUCACUCCCGCCGUCACCGGCGUUUCCCCCGACGGCAUCGAUGACGCCGCCACUGUCACCAUCUCUGGCUCCGGGUUUGGCAGCAGCGCGGGCGACGUGGCAGUUUUCGCCGGCAGCGUCGCGCUGGAGGUCGCCGCCGUGGCCGACGGCGACAUUUCUGUCAGGGUGGACGCUCUGCCCGCAGGCGACCACCCGGUCACAGUGAUUGUGAGGAGCAGAGGCCUCGCAUCCGGCGCCGCCGCCCUGAGCAGCCGCGCCCAAGCCGCCCUGAGCCCCAGUGCGGGCAGCCUGGCGGGGGGGACCCCUCUCGUGCUCACCGGAAACGGCUUCGCCCCGGGGAACACCAGCGUGCUGGUCGGUGGCCAACACUGCAAGAUUCAGGAGGUGACGCCGGGUCUUCUUCGCUGUCUGACGCCUCCCCACAGCGGGGGGGAGGUCACUGUCAGGGUCAAGGUCUUCUCUGUGGAGUAUCCUCCUCUCAACUUCACUUACUCUGCAGCCCACACCCCCAACAUCAGCUCCAUCAGCCCCACCACCGGGCCGAGCGGCUCCGUCGUCACACUGACGGGUUCGGGAUUUGGCAACGACUCCCGGCUCAUCUCGGUCACCGUGAACAACGUGCCGUGCAACGUGUCCGCGCUCUCCGACGCACAGGUUCAGUGCACCGCCGGAGACAACCCCGGGGGGGCGUACCGAGUGGUGCUGCAUCACCGGAUCAGAGGUCACGCCCGGUCGGAGGUCAUGUUCACGUACGAGCUGAGUCUCAGCGGCGUGAAUCCCAACCAGGGCAGCUUUGGCGGCGGAGCUCUUCUGACCGUCCAGGGUUCAGGCUUUGACCCGCGCAACUCCACCGUGACGAUCUGCGGAGCGGAGUGUGACGUUCACAGAGACGUGUCCACGUCGACCCGACUGUACUGCCAGUCUCCGUCCAACAACAGCACUCUGUCGGUGCUGAGCUGCGCGGUCGCCGUCGCCAACCGGCUGGAUGCCGCCAACGUGUUGAGUGGCUUCACGUACAACUCUCAGCUGACUCCGGUGAUCGCCGAGGUGUCUCCUCGCAGGGGAGGCACCGCCGGAGGCACCCGGCUCACAAUCGCCGGCUCCGGUUUCAGCACAAACAUGAACGAGGUCAACGUGACGAUCGCAGGGUCGGUGUGCGACGUCCAGUCCACCAACAACACGCACAUCGUCUGUGUGACAAACGCCCAGAGUCAGUCGCAGGAGACCAAAGUCAGAGUCAGCAUCGGGGACCGAGGCAUCGCCAAGAUGGACAAUGCUGAUUUCUUCUACGUCGACGUGUGGUCGUCCAGGUUCACGUGGGCGGGUCUGCCCCCACCGGAGAAGGGCUCGUUCGCCAUCAUCACUCGAGGCCAGACCAUCCUCCUGGACACCAGCACCCCUGUGCUGAAAAUGCUUCUUAUUCAAGGAGGGACGUUGGUGUUUGAUGAAGCCGACAUCGAGCUGCAGGCUGAGAACAUCCUGAUCACGGACGGCGGCCUGCUCCAGAUCGGAAAGGAGGGGGCGCCGUUCCAGCACAAAGCCAUCAUCACGCUGCACGGCAACCUGCGCUCUCCGGAACUUCCCGUCUACGGAGCCAAAACGCUCGCUGUCAGAGAGGGAACGCUGGACCUCCACGGUAUUCCUGUUCCCGUUCCCUGGACCCACUUGGCCCAGACUGCGACCAACGGCUCCACCACGCUGACCCUGAUGAAGGCGGUGACCUGGAAAGCCGGAGGAGAGAUCGUCAUCGCUUCAACCGGCCACAGGCACAGUCAGAGGGAGAAUGAGGUGAGGACGAUCGCCUCGGUGUCGGCCGACGGAAAGACCCUCACCCUGACCGAACCGCUCGACCACACCCACCUCGGGGUGAGCGUCAGGCUGCCGGACGGGACGCGGUUCGAGGGCCGGGCCGAGGUGGGUCUCCUCACCAGGAACAUUGUGGUGCGAGGCGCCCAACACAUGGAGUGGGACGACAAGAUCGAAGCAUGCCCCGAAGGCUUCAACACCGGCGAAUUUGCCACCCAAACCUGUUUCAGCGGAAGGUUUGGAGAGGAGGUCGGCAGCGAUCAGUUUGGAGCCUGCAUCAUGUUCCACGCGCCCAGGCCGAAUGAGAACCUGGCGGUUGGCAGACUGGAAUAUGUCGAGGUCUUCCACGCGGGACAGGCCUUUAGGCUGGGACGUUAUCCCAUCCACUGGCACUUGAUGGGAAACGUCGACUACAAGUCGUACGUGAGGGGCUGCGCCAUCCAUCAGACCUUCAACAGGGCCGUAACCAUCCACAACACCCACCGGCUGCUGGUGGAGCACAACGUCAUCUACAACAUCAUGGGCGGGGCCUUCUUCAUCGAGGACGGCAUCGAGACGGAGAACAUCCUGCAGUACAACCUGGCUGUGUUUGUCAAACAGAGCACCAGCCUGCUGAACGACGACGUCACGCCCGCCGCCUACUGGGUCACCAAUCCCAACAACAUCAUCCGCCACAACGCCGCCGCGGGCGGCACCCACUUUGGUUUCUGGUACCGCAUGCACGAGCAUCCGGACGGGCCGUCCUACGACUCAAACAUCUGCCAGAAGAAGGUUCCCCUCGGCGAGUUCUUCAACAACACCGUGCACUCGCAGGGCUGGUUCGGCCUGUGGAUCUUCGUGGACUACUUCCCCAUGAAGAGUGGAGGCUGCCGCUCGAGCACCCCUGAACCCGCCGUCUUCCGCGCCCUCACCACCUGGAACUGUGAGAAAGGGGCGGAGUGGGUCAACGUGGGCGCCGUGCAGUUCGAGGGCUUCGUCAUGGUCAACAACGAGAAAGCCGGCAUUGAAGGCAAGCGAAUCAUCGCGAACAGAGUGUCCGAGUUCGGAAGGGACGGGGGGGCGGCGGUGACCAACGGCACGAUCGUGGGCCACGUGGACGAGCUCGCGCUGGGAAGCAGCUACUGCACGCACCGGGGUGUCAUCACGCCCUUUGACGACGGCAUGAGCGUCCUCGACACCAAGUUCCUGAACUUUGACCGCAGCUCCUGCGCAGCCAUCGGGGUGACCAAAAUCGACGGGACGUGUGGGGAUCGGUGCGGUGGCUGGGCCGUCAGGUUCAGCGGCGUCGAGUACUUCAACUCGCCCAACAAGGCCGGCUUCAGGUGGGAGCACGAGGUGGUGCUGGUGGACACGGACGGCUCCCUCACAGGAAACGUCGACUACAAGGUGGUGCCUAAGAGCCUCCUGCUGGACCCCGCUCACUGCUCGCAGAGCGCCGAGUGGAGCGCCGGCUUCCCCGGGUUCGUGUGCGACAACACCGUCAACUUCCACCGCUUGUCGCUCAACAAUCCCACACCGGCCUCCCUGAAGGCCAAGGAUAUCAUCUUGUCCAACUCGCAUGGCACCAGUGCGGUCCCCUAUCUGAAGAAGAGAAUGACCCAUAAGUUUGGCUGGAUGGCCGUGCUGCCGUCUGGAGACACGUACAACUGGUUCUUCAAAGAUAUGGACCACAUCACCAACAUCACGUACACCGCCAAGUUCUACGGCUUCAAGGCGGAUCAAUAUGUGAUCAUCAACCACAACUUAACCCAGAGUCCGGACAGCUUCCACAUAAUCGACCGGAGGAACGGCUCAUCGACGCCGCUGAACUUCAACAAUAACAGCAACGGAGACUGGUACUUGGACGACGGCUCCAACAACCUCUACUACAUCGUGUCCGGGAAGACAAGCCAGCGCCGGCGGCGUUCCAGCGUCGACCCCUCCAUGCGCGAUGUCCCGGUCAACUUCGCUGUCUACCGCUGCUUCUUCCCCAACUGCAUCCCUCCGCCUCCGCCGCCUCCAGCCACACUGGCCCCUUUGCCCACCGACCGGCCUGCCGACUUCAUUCGCUGGUCUAACGCCUCUUUCUGGAAGAGUUCGGCUGAAAAUAACUUCACUGUGCCAGCAGAGGGCGCUGAUGUGGUCAUCCCGUCAGGCAAGUGGGUCGUCCUGGACAGCGACACCGCUCCGCUCAACAAGCUGACGGUCGUCGGGGUUCUCGAGAUCCCCGGCGACGCGAACAGCUCGUCCAGCAGAGCGGCUCGGUCCGCCCCGGUGUACAGUACGGUGGCGAUAGACGCCGUGUACAUCUCCAUCCAGGGAGGAAGGCUGAUUGCUGGACGGGACGACGAGCCGUUCAGGGGCGAGCUGCACAUCAAACUGAGGGGGAACCACCGCACUCCGGACUGGCCUCUGCCAAACGGACCCAACCAGGGAUCCAAAGUCCUGGGUGUGUUUGGUACGCUGGAGCUGUACGGACAACCUCACAACGUUUACCACACCAAACUCGCCGCCACCGCUGCGGCCGGGUCCAACACGCUGACCCUGGCGCAGUCCGUCGACUGGCAGGUUGGAGGCGAAGUCCUCAUCUCCACCACCAGCUACAGCGCCUGGGAGACGGAGAAACGUGAGAUCAGCGCCGUGACGACAGACGGCCGCGUCCUGACCCUGAACCAGCCUUUGACCCACACCCACAUCGGUGAGACUCACUCGGUCUCCGGAACGUCCCGCUCCUACACUCUGGCCGCGGACGUCGGCCUCCUGACCAGAAACAUCAAGAUCGUCGGUCAGGAGUACCCGCACAUGACCAAGGAGUCGUUCGGCGCCCGGCUGUUGGUCGGCGCCUACUCCUGGGAUGGAAUCGACUACAAAGGCAAAGCUCAGAUCAGGAACGUGGAGUUUUUCCGCUCUGGUCAGGAAGGUUGGACCGACUACUCCGACCCCCGCUACUCUGUGGCCUUCCUCAACCUGGGGAAGGUUUCGGGGAAAGACACGUACAUUCAGGGUUGUGCCUUCCACGACGGCUUCUCUCCGGCCAUCGGCGUCUUUGGGACAGAGGAGCUGAGCGUUGACGAUAACAUCGUCCAUCGCACCGUCGGAGAAGGAAUCAGAAUCUGGGGCGACAAGAUAACGGCGAGGAGGAACCUGGUGGCGAUGUCGCUGUGGCCCGGAUCGUACCAGGACCGAGAGGAGCCCUUCAACUACGACUGGAACGCCGCCAUCGAGGUCAACAUGGGGACGAAUGUGGUGCUGCAGCACAACGUCGUGGCGGGUUACGAGCGCGUGGCCUAUCGCGUCGACGGUGAACCGUGCGCAGGUUAUUUGAACGACAACGAGAAGUGGAUUCACAACGAGGCUCACGGCGGCCUGUACGGAGUUUAUCUGAACAGAGACGGUCUGCCCGGCUGCAGCCUGAUCCAGGGCUUCUUCGUCUGGAGGAACUUUGACUACGGCAUCUACUUCCAGACCAUCAUGGACGUCGUCAUUUCCAACGUGACGCUGGUGGACAACGGGAUGGGCGUCAUGCCGCUCAUCUUCGCUCCUGCCUCUGUCUCCCACAUGUACGCCGAUAAAAAGGCACAAAUCCAGAAUGCGCUGAUCGUUGGCAGCAGCCCGAACUUCAACUGCUCAGACACUUUGCCCAGCAGUGACUACAACGUUGUCAACAGUGCUUCCCAUCGGGGGCCCAGACCUCUCAAUGGUGGAAGAUCUGGAAUCUGCUGGCCAACGUUUGGAUCUGGACACAACAGUGCUCCCGUGAAGCCCCAUCAUCUGAACAACAACUACAACGCCAUCAAAGGGCUGAUGACAGUCAAGGACACGAUGUUUGUCAAUUUCAAGAACGUCUGCUCCAGCGAGGCGAACAUCAUGUUCAUCACCAACCCGCUCAGCGAGGACCUGCAGCAUCCUGUGCAGGUUUCAGGCCUACGGAUGGUUGACAGCACGGAGAGCGCUAAGGUGUUCAUUCACAGGGCUGACCUCGGUAAAGUGAACCCGUCCGACUGCGUGGACAUGGAGUGCGACGCCAAGAAGAAGACCAUGCUGACGGACCUGGACGGGUCGUUCCUGGGGUCGGCGGGAGCUGUGGUGCCUCAGUCUGAGUACGCGUGGGGGGGCGACCCCAGGAGAGGGCUGGGCGACGACCGCAUCCCCAAGGUCAUGCUCACUUUCCCCAACGGCAGCCGCAUCCCUGUGGACCAGAUCGCUCCACACAAAGGUGUAAUCAGGGACAACUGCACGUACAUGAGUGCCUGGCAGAGCUACAAGUGCUUCGGGCUGAACUACAAGAUGUUGGCGAUCGAGAGUCUGGACUCCGACACGGAGACCAGGCGCCUGUCCCCCGUCGCCGUGCUGUCGGGCGGCUUCGUGGAUCUCCUCAACGGCCCUCAGGACCAGGGCUGGUGCUCCGGCUACACGUGCCAGAAGAGGGUGUCGCUCUUCCACAGCAUCGUGGCCGUCGGCCACCGCUUUGAAGUCUUCUUCUCCAGCGUCAGCCCUCAGAAGCUCCGCCUCAUGAUGCUCGACGCCGACCCGUCUGAGAGCAUCAUGGUGUCGGUCUUCUUCUCCAAGCCCCAGCGGUUGGACGUGUACGUCGACGACGAGCUGGUGGCUCCGACUAACGCCAAGUGGAACACGGACAACUCCGACUACACCCUGAAGAAGCCCAUCUAUGCCGGUCAAUACGUCCCGCCGCUGAACGCCACCGCGGGCUCCAACUUCUUCGACCAGGACUACAAGAUGCUGAAGGUCGUCCUGAGAGGCUCCAAACCGGCGGAGAUCCGGACCUCCCCGGUCCUCUUCCUCUCCUUCGAGCUGCCCUUCAUGACCGAGGAUGACUUCUUCGGAGAUAGCCUCGUCCAGAACCUGGCCACGUUCCUCAAGGUCCCAGCGAAUAUGAUCCGGAUCACAAAGAUAAUCCGAGAGGACGGAGGAGGCUCGCGGCGCAGGAAGAGGUCGGCGGGCCUGAAGGUGGAGGUGGAGAUCAAGAAACCCCCGGUCCAGCAGACCACCAACAACACCACCAAUGAUGACGACUUUAGGCUGUUGAAGAACAUCGCCGAUGAUCUCGGUCAGGCAGCAGUUUCCGGAAACCUCAGUAGCUCCAUCGGCUUUAACGUCUCCUCCAUGGGCGUCGUCGCGCCUCCUCCCCCGUCAUCUGACCCCGACUGGAAAGAGGAGGCCAAAGAAGCGACGAGGGCAGAGCCCGAGACCAGUUACGUGUCCAGCGUGUCCAGCCUGCUGCUGAUCCGGGAGCCGAUCGCCGGCGAGUUCGUGGGUCCGCUGCACCAGCAGCCCAGUCUGAUGGCCGUGGACGAGAAGGGGAACUGUAUCUCUGUGGGAGUGACGACUCUCACCGUCACGGCCAGCCUGAAGGACGCGAGUGGAGACGCCGCCGGCGGACUCCAAGGAAACACCACCAUCCUGUUCAGCACCUGCUGGGCCAACUUCACCAACCUGGCCAUUCUCAACAGUGGCGAGAACCUGACGAUGGUCUUCACUCUGAAGGAGUGGGGUGCUCAGUCUCGGACCUUCUCCGUGAGGAGCGUCCCGACCACCGAGCCGCCUGCGACCAGCGGCAACGCCACGUCCCCCUGGACCACGAGCGCGCCGCCGUCCACCACCGACGACGACAGCAUCUUCGGCUCCAGCACCACCGUGUCCGCCGGCAGCCUGUGUCUGGUCAGCGUGAUCUACGCCGUGGCGUGCUGCUCGGAGGGCACGCCCAUCUGUUAGAGGCGCUGACCGCUGCUCAGCUGGGAGGGUUUUUAUGAAGGAUACCUAAACUUCUAUUCACUUUAACACUAACACGUCUGGACAGCUUUUGAUUUUUUUGAUUUAAACAAAGGUAAUGGGCCACAUAGGAAAUCAGUGAGUGAUGGUUUUUUUAGAGCUGCAACUAACGAUUAUUCUCAUUAUCGAUGAGUUGUUUGGUCCAUAAAAUGAUGAAAAAUGUCAAAUCUUGUUUUCCAAAACAUGAGAUGAUGUUUUUGUUUUUUUCCACCAACCAAAGAUAUUUUGUUUACUGUCAUAGAGGAGCAAAGAAACCAGAAGAUAUUCUAAUUAAAUAUCCUUUUAAGAAGCUGAAAUCAGAGGAUCUUGACUCUUUUUUUUUCAUCAAAACCAGGUAAACCGAUUAAACGACUAACAAAAUAGUUUGCGAUUGAUUUCGAGUAGUGGAUUACUCAUCGAUUAACUGUUGCAGCUCUAGAUAUUUUACAAGUCAAGCACCAUAAAAAAAUGGUGUUUUUUGUUUAAUAAAAAACUCACUUUUUUAUUAGGGGGGGACUAAAAUGAAGGCAUCUUCUGUUCUUUUUUAUACUGUAACAACUCUACUUCCUUUAAAAAUAUAUUUUCAUGGUGGACUUUCCUCUUAUUAUGUGUAAAUGUCUGUUCAAUAUGACUACAUAUCAGAUAUAUAUCAGCAACUGUGCCGAUCUUGAAUCUCCAACCAGCCGAAGGAAGAGCCACGAAGUCUAUAUGAAAACUAUUUCUCUCUUUUCAAAUAAAUUCUAUUUUGUCGUUGUUAAACACA